AUGACAUUUCAGUACGAUAAGCUGCCGAACAAUGGUUUCUUCCGUGUCUUUGAGCUCGGCCCUGGAAAGGAUAGCGACCCUCUUGAAGGCAAUCUUCGAACAUAUCUACGCCAGCAAGCUCCCAAGUAUGAGGCGCUAAGCUAUGUGUGGGGCUCCUCUGUGCAAAAUCAGCAUAUGAAGUGCAAUGGCCAAACGUUCAUGAUAACUGAUAGCCUUGGCGCAGCCUUAAGGCGACUUAGGCUAGUCGGUGACUCACGAUAUCUGUGGGUCGACCAGAUUUGCAUUGACCAAACCUCUCUUGAGGAGCGUUCUGAGCAAGUUUCUAUCAUGAGGGAUAUUUACUCUGGAGCUACGCUUGUCAAUGCAUGGCUUGGCCCAGCAGACGCAGAAGAGGCAUCUGCAGUCGGGAAAAUAAUCUCAACUCUUGCUAAAAGAGAGCCACAUGAAUUCCGAGAACAGCAGUAUUUUCCUAAAAACGAUUAUUUACAGGAACUUGGACUACCUAUUAGAGAUUCGUCAGCUUGGGAGGCUCUAAACUCUAUGCUAAGCGUCCCUUAUUUCUCCAGGGUUUGGAUCCUGCAAGAACUUGCACUUGCAGCAAAUUAUACACUAUUGUGGGGGGAUCUCGUUAUCUCUAAAGCCGACUUCAUGACAUUCAAAGUGGCAACGAAAUGUCUUGGGAUGCGUUAUCGAGACCCGAAUAUCCUGGCUUUCCCUCUGGCGAAGGAGGCUUCGAAUGAUCCUUGCCCACGAGUCGAGUGGAAUGUGGUUUCCAUGGAAUUCACAGAGAACUUGGGCGAAAUAAGACUAAAUCUAUAUCAGCUUGUCCGUUCAACGAAACACUGUCACGCCACUGACCCCCGCGAUAAGAUCUUUGCAUUGAUCGGCCUGGCGGGCGAUACGACUUAUGGUAUUAUACCAGACUAUCGCAAGCCCCAAUCAACAGUCUUUACAGAGUUCGCUUCGAAGGUUAUAAUGGCAACAACGAGCCUUGAUAUCCUCAACCACACAGCCAUAGAAGAUCCCAAUGACACAGAGCGGCGUCCUCUUUGGGCUCCGAGGUGGUUUAACCAGAAACCUCCAUCAUAUUUAGAUAUGAGAAAACGUGGUUUCAGAUCUUCAAGCAACAAGAAGAUUAUGAUGCAAUCAUCGAUUGACAGUCAAGUCUUGGAGUUGAAGGGCCUGCAGCCUGACCAUCGAUCACGAAUGCCUUCUGAGAUACCAGUACGGUUCAGACAUAAUUGCACCGAUUGUCUUCACAUUGACGAGUGGCGGAGUACAGCCUACGGUUGGCAAAACGAAGCCGAGCUGCCCAACAAAUGA